UUUUUUAUUCUCUUUAAAUUUAGUAUAGAUAUAGAUUAAGUUGUCCGAAAACUCUACAUUUUGAAAAACCAUUUACAAAGCAUCUUCUUCAUUCCUCCCUUCUAUUUUCUCUCCGAAUUUGAUUUAGAAAAGAUGGUGGAUCGAGACCGGGAUUGGGAUUUUUAUCUCAGAACCUUAUCCAACAGUGCUAGGGACUCGAAUGUCGCCAACGAUCCCGCUUCCGAUCCUAAUAUCCUUCAAUCAGUUAAAAAGCUAUAUGAAUUGUGCAAAGCUGAGAAUUCUGAGGAUUUGGUGGCUCGGGUUUAUCCACAGUUUAACAAGAUUUUUCAGCGUUCAGUGUCCUCCCUAUCUCAAUCUAGAACUUCAAAUGGUCUCCUCUUACUGGCCAUUCUUCAAUUUUUCAUUGAUUUUGGUGAAGUAGUCUUACAUGAUGCGGAUCCCAGUCUGAAGACAUUUUUUCGUUCAUGUUUGAGCCGUGAGUUUGCAGAUCCAAUUGUUGCAGAAGCAGUUUUGGAAUUUCUGAAUGCAAAUCUGAAUAAAUUUCUUACUUCUUUUCCUACACUGCUGCCACAGUUCUUUCCAUUGCUGCUAAAGCUGAUUGCGUGGAAUGGAGAAAAAUUAGAGAAACCAUUUUUGAAAAUCUUUCCAGCAUUGAUUUCUCCUGGGUCUUUUCUUCCGCUGUUUCCAUCUCUCAUGGAUUUCCCUAUAUUGGUAGUUGCAUUGGAAAAGGUAGAGCGUUGCUCUGGAUCACUAGUUGGAAACAGCAUUGCUUCAAUCCAGAAGAGUAAAGCUCCUGAGAUGCUACUUGCACUCAUGGAUGAGGCUUACACUGGUUCAACCAUCGGGGAUGGAGGAGGAGACUCUGAAUCUGAGGAUAGCAACACAUUAGAUGUUGCUGAUCCUCUCUUCCUCGAACUUUUAAAGGAUGAAAAUGAUGGUCUUUCGGAACGACAUUGGAAUUCUCCUGGGAUGACUGCAGUAAUUCAGGCUGCAUUAAAUACUGCUCAAUCAGAUAGGCUGGAACAAUUGCUGAACAUGACUCCUCGGAUUCUUGAUGUCUACUUUUCUGUGGCACUGCGAGUGGUUAACAAUUCAUUAAUCUGUGCAUUGAUUCCUUUGCUUAUGUCAAGAAACUCAAUAUUGUUUCCCAACAAAGAUUUCUCCUAUAAGGUCCGUAAGAGGCUCCUAGAAUUUAUGCUUGCUGCAUUUCAGCGGUCGCCUGCUUUCAUUGCGCUUCUCAAGAAGCCUAUAAUGGACCGUCUUGGAGAAGCUUAUGAGAAUCCUGCCAAGACUGAACUGGCAUUGCAAUUGUGUUGGGCGAUUGGAGAACAUGGCGGGGGUGGCAGAUCUCACAAAGAUGCAGCACGUGAACUUUUUGAAAGCUUAGAGUUGCUUUUAUAUGAAAAUCUUUUAUCUAGUCGUCUAGGUUUGAGACAGGACUCGGGUGAUAAUUCCAGUGGUGAAAGCUUCAGAAGGUCAUCACAGUCAAGACUUCUAUGUUUUGUUAUUACAGCAAUUGCAAAACUUGCAACGUACCACCGCGAAUUACUUCCGAGAGCGCGAGUCUCACUGGGAAAGGUAGCUCGGUCUCGAACCUCAGAUUCCAGGGUCUGGACUCGGGCUCACGAUUAUUUAGGACUAUUGAGUGACCCUGGAGUUUCUUUGUCCAUUUUGGGGCCUUCAAAACCUGCCAUUGAAGAUUCACACAACCCAGGCACUGUCGAUUGGAGUCAAGGCAGAACUAAGAUGGUUGCACACAUUCCAUUUUACAUUCUCCGCGAACAAGAAGGUCCUCCUUUCCAUGAUUUCUCAUUUUCAGAUAUUCUUCCAAGGAGAUGAUGAACCCUGAUGUAGCAUAGAGCAAUAAUGUCUCAUUUUCAAGCUUUUGCUCCUCUCAAUAUCAUCAUCAGUCUGAAUGUUCCUGAUCAGCACCCCCCGAGCUACCGAACAAUUCAUCAUCGAGUAGUUCAUCUUGAGGUAUUGUGCCUUGUAGGAUGUUCAAAGUUGAGCUUUCACAUGAGAAAUUGCUUACGGAUUUUCUCCUUUUAAUUCGAUUUCCAUUCUCCCCACUGAUCAAGGAAAAGGGGUGAAACCUAUUUGUAAAUUAUUACAUAAACAGCUUGAAAGUUGAAAGUUGAAAGUUGAAAGGCACCUAUUUCAUGCUAUAUCUUUGGCUGUCACCUUCAAAAUAUAGCCGUACUUGUUGCCCUAAGAUCUGAAAAAACAUGUUUUCAUACCAAUCACCAAAUAUGGCAAUGGCAAUUAUUACAGUUUCUUAUUCAAAAUUGUUGAAUAUUGAAAGCCCCUUUGAUUGAGGCAACAGUUUCAGUCAUAAUUCUAUGCAUUGAAACCAUUGAUUGAAAAGGCACUCUUUGAGUUACUGAAUGAUCAAUGAUGUUGAGAGCAACUGUUAGAAUGCUUCCAUCAGCUACAUCUUCCUCACCAUUCAUUCUUGGACUAUCUGGAAGGAUUGCGAAGCCAGAAGGCAAGAUAGCCACGUAAUCUGGGUUUCCUCCACGUAAGACCACUGCCAUUGCGUAGAUAUCAACAGGUGCAAAGACUACAUAGGACCCCGAUUCGUCGAAGAAACUCUCUUGCAGGUAAAAGAUCUCAAUUCGUCUCGGUGCUGACUGCAAAUUUGGGAAGUUUUCUAGUUAUAGUUUUGAACAGCUAAAAGUACUGGUGUGUAGAAAAAAGUUGAAGCAACAAACUUACAUUCACUUGAAUUAUGGACACUCGGUUUCUUGAAUCGGUGCCAUUGAUGAUGCAAGAAAGUUCUGUAAUGACAUGACCAUAUGAAAGGAUGUCCCACUGCACAAUAUAUAUAUAGUGAAAGUUGAUUCGAAUUAGUA